AUGAGUCAAACCAAAGUUCGAACUUCAAGCAUUAUACAAGACACAGUUGUUCAUGAUUUAAAUAUAUCAAAUAAAAAUAAGAUAAACACGGUGGCAGCCACUGUUAUUGUUGCAUCUAAAAAUCCCCCAGAGAACACCACAGACGGUAUAGAAAAAGAAACUACGCAAAAAGUUGACAUCAAUUCAUUCGUCAGUGAAGAAGGUUGUCUCACCAAAACUGAUACUCAAAAACUUGAAGAUGAUAUAAAGAAAAAUAAGUCGGCAACAGUACCAACACUUUCUACAUCUCAACGUGUUGUGUUACGUUAUUUGCCACUAUACUUUGGAACUAACGAAAAAGAAUUUACAGAGUUUAGAAAGAAUUCAUUACUUAAAAGAAGACUUCACAAAAAUCCGGAUUAUCCAGAUGGAAAGGAAAAAUGUUUAACCAAUGGUCCCCACCUAAGGAUUCCUAACAAUGGUGCAGUUAUUCACCCUUACUUGGCUUCUAAGGAGUUCUCUUCUCCUAUACUUAUAAAUACUGCUAUAAGAAAGCGAAUAGAAACUCCCUCUGCUGGAAAAAACGAACAUUGCGAUUCAAAGCAGAAUUCAAACGGAAAAUCAAAUGUAAAAGGAGGAGAGACCACCGAAACCAAAGAUACAUCGUACAAUAGCAAGUCAAAAAAUACUAGUAAAGGUGAAGAGCAUUCUAAUAUUGAUAAAUUAGACGACGUUGUGGCUACAAAAAUUGGAGUUGAGCAAAGUACAGAGAUUGCUAGUAUGCAGCCAUUAGGUGUUAUUUCGUUAAAAAUAAUGUUUCAACCAAAUUACUUUUCCUCUGUUAUUGCAAAUCAAAAGUCAAACUUAGUGACCCCACACGGCUUGAUUAACACCAGCAGCAUUUGUUACAUGAAUUCAGUUCUACAAAUGCUUUUUGAAUGCGAACCAUUCUCACAAGUUUUAAACAUUAUACGCAACAGCACUAUGGGCUCGAUUGGCGAAAGUAAAAUGCCUUUGGUUGAUGCACUUUUAAUGUUACAAGACUUGUUUAAGAAAAAGCGUAUCCCGGCAAAAAGUAUUACAAGUACGGUAAUUCCUAGGCGCGAGUCCAUUGAUCCUAUGCCUUUCUAUACAGCCAUCAAAAAGCUGGAUAGAUUCAGCAACCUUGAAUGGGGAAGGCAGGAAGACGCAGAAGAAUUUCUAGGAUAUUUGCUGGACGGUUUGCAUGAAGAAUUCAUAACUAGUAUCGAAGAUAUGCCAUUAAGUGCGGCACAAAAUUUUGAAAACGGAUUAACAGAUCCGGUGGCGGUUGAAAAAGUUCGUUAUGCAGUUACUUCAAUUAAGAACUCUAAGGGUAAAGGAUGUGGAACAGAAGAAAGGCAGGAGCCGGAUGGUCAUGAAUGGAAUGAGGUUAGCGCAAAUAGAAAGAUUUCUGUGAAAAGAUCGUUUGAAUUUAAACCUUCUCCUAUUGCUUUACUAUUUGGUGGCCAGUUCAGAUCCGUUUUACAACCUUCAAACACAAAAAAGUCGUCUGUGACAUUAGAUCCGUUUAUGCAUAUUCAGCUUGAUAUAAGCGAUGCAACUACUUCAACAUUAGAAGGUGCAUUUGAGAAGUUUUCCGAAAUUGAGGAAAUUACUUUUGGAAACCAAAGUGCACGAAAACAGAACCUAAUAGAUAAACUACCUAUGAUUCUUAUUAUUCAUCUGAAGAGAUUUUCCUUUGUUAAGAGAGACCAAAGCGAGAACGAGGCGGAUGCUUAUGAAAUUGUGUCAUCAAAACAAAAGAAGAGAAAGCAUCUAAAGCAAACCAAGGAGCAGGAAUUAAUGCUUUCCGAUUUUAAAGGAGCUUCGGAAGGACACAUAGAAAAAAUUUCAAAGCCAAUAGCGUACAAGGCCAAACUGACUUUACCAUCGUCAUGCAUUUCGACAUCUAUUGAAGGUAAUCCUACGUAUAAACUUGUUGGCGUGAUCUAUCAUCAUGGAAGAUCUGCCGAAGGUGGCCAUUAUACUGUUGAUGUCUUAGAGCCUACGGGAGGAUGGAUUCACAUUGAUGAUACACUAAUUACGCAUAUUACAGAAGGUGAUGUUUUAGAGAACGGAAUCAAGGGUGGCGAUUUAACGAAUAAUAGCAAGAGUGCCUACCUUUUAAUGUAUCAAAGACUUUAG